AUGCGGCGUACUCCACCAGAGGCGGGUGCCGAUUGCUGGGCCCGCGAAGACCCUGCCGACACCAAGCCAGCUGGUGGGGAUGAUGGAUGCGAGGGGCUGCUGGGUGGUCGUGCAGCACCUCGCGCUCGGCUGGCGGUUCGCAUGCUGCCGCGUCCAGCGCCAGCUCCAGACGCGCCCUGGCGACCUCCAGGCAGCGGCCCUUUGCGCGUUCUUCCGUAUUCCAUCAUCCAUAGUGGUGGGCGUCAUUUAGCGGGAGACGCCCAGACCCGGCGCCGUUUCAUGCUAGGUACAGAAGACAGAACAGCUGAGAUCCACGAUAGCUUGUUAAGUAAAUGUGUAGUUAGCAGUUUCUGUGACUGCUAUCGAAAAGAUAUAUUAUUCUGCGCCAUCACAGCUGUGGAAUGGAGUCCAACGGGAAACUCCUAUGUUAUAGGCUGCUCGAGUGGGAUGAUAAACUCCUAUACUAUCGAUAAUGAACCAAUACAUUGCAGAAGAGUAGCCUUUAGUGCUAUAUUGUUUCUAAGGGUUUCCCCUGACGCUCGAUAUAUAGCCGCCGCGGCAUUUAAUACAGACACCGUACAUUUACUACGCUGGCCUUCACUCGAGUAUUAUUCUGUUCUGAAUUCAAGUAAUUGGACUAUUAAGACUAUAACCUGGCAUCCGUGGCGCAGUGCACUGCUCGCCGUAGGGGCAGUUACCACCAAUAUUCACGCACGAAUCGCGUUAUGGGACGCCCCUGCUGCAAGAGUCAGGGAAUAUGCUCUCAGUCAUAAGCACUACUACAUCGACGCAAUGCUUUUCAGCCAUAGGACCGGUGAACUGGUGGUCAGCUUAUGGAAUCCCGGUAUAAUUUUAUAUACAUUUAUUUCAUAA